AGGCAUCAGCUGAGUAGAGGCAUCAGGCUGAGUAGAGGCAUCAGGCUGAGUAGAGGCUUCAGGCUGAGUAGAGGCUUCAGGCUGAGUAGAGGCAUCAGGCUGAGUAGAGGCUUCAGGCUGAGUAGAGGCAUCAGGCUGAGUAGAGGCUUCAGGCUGAGUAGAGGCAUCAGGCUGAGUAAGGGUGGGAGGCUUCAGGCUGAGUAGAGGCUUCAGGCUGAGUAGAGGCUUCAGGCUGAACCACGGAAGGCAGGAUAGGUGCAGCGUGUGGGAACAGGGAAUAGAGCUUUGAGGAAAUAGAUUAGAAGCAGGACUGGGU